GGGAAAUUCAAAUUUUAAAACAUGUUCAAAUUGUUUUGGUAGUUCAAGUUGUUAUUUUGUCGCAUUAAAAAAACAUUCGAAGUUUUAAGUAAAAAAGUAACCGAUUGUCUGUAUUCAUCCUUAAACUGUACGUUCUUUGUUGUUUCGAGUUCGUUUUUAUCGGCGUUUUAAAGACUAACUUAACGUUAUCAUUGGAGCUCAGUUGGUGUAUGUGUAUUCAGUAUGCCAGUAGACAGCACUUCUGAACUCCUCAAGCACUAUGAGGUUUAUGAAACCAUUGGCUCAGGUGGGUUUGCUAAGGUCAAACUUGGCAGACACAAACUGACAGGAGAGAAAGUGGCUAUCAAAAUAAUGGAGAAGAAAGACCUUGGGGAUGAUCUGCCCAGAGUAAAGAUAGAGAUUGAGGCAAUGAAGAACCUCAGUCAUCAACAUGUAUGUCGUCUCUACCAUGUCAUUGAAACCACAAGCAAGAUCUACAUGGUGCUUGAGUACUGUCCUGGAGGAGAACUCUUUGAUUACAUCAUUGCUAAAGACCGGUUAUCAGAGGAAGAGACUCGAGUGUUUUUCCGCCAGAUCAUCUCUGCGUUGGCCUAUGUUCAUAGCCAAGGUUAUGCCCAUCGAGACCUCAAACCUGAAAACUUGUUGAUUGAUGAAGAUCAUAACCUAAAACUCAUUGACUUUGGCCUUUGUGCCAAGCCAAAGGGUGGUUUGGGUUUUGAAUUGCUGACCUGUUGUGGCAGUCCAGCAUAUGCAGCUCCAGAGCUCAUUCAGGGCAAGGCUUACAUCGGCUCUGAGGCUGAUGUUUGGAGUAUGGGUGUAUUGCUUUAUGCACUACUGUGUGGUUUUCUACCAUUUGAUGAUGACAAUUGUAUGGUUCUCUAUAGAAAAAUCACAAGAGGCAAAUACAGCAACCCACACUGGCUUUCACCUUCUAGUAUUCUGCUUCUAAAUCAAAUGAUGCAGGUGGACCCAAAGAGGCGUUUGACAGUGAAACAUUUGCUUAAUCACCCAUGGGUUAUGAGGGGAUACAGCACACCAGUGGAGUGGCACAGUAAACAUCCCUUUGGUCAUAUAGAUGAAGACUGCAUCACAGAAAUGGCGGUGACGUUCAAACAGUCCAAACAACGAACUAUCCAGCUUGUGUCUGAGUGGAAGUAUGAUCAAAUAACAGCAACCUACCUUUUACUGCUGGCUAAGAAGCGUCAAGGCCGUCCAGUGCGUCUGAGGGCUGAAUGCCCCGUGAUUGACAUCAUGUAUUCUCCUUUACAGGACAUGCAACUGAAGAAGAGUCUACGCUUCACUGAGAAUGAUGAUGGUGUUCACCCAGUGGUGCUCGGCUCUAUGGUCUUUACCAUCAUUGGAGUCCUUCUGGCGGGCUUUCAUGUAUCUUCCACCGAGGAGAGGCUUCCGUCCACUCUGCCAUAA